AUGGCGAACAGUGGGCAGAAAGUUGUGCUGAUCACCGGUUGCUCAUCGGGCAUCGGGUUACGAAUCGCCGUUACGCUGGCCAAAGAUGAAAAGAAGCGUUACCAUGUCAUUGCCACCAUGCGGGACCUAAAGAAGAAGGAUAAGCUUCUGGAAGCAGCUGGAGAUACAUAUGGGAAGACCCUGAUGUUGCUCCCGUUAGACGUAUGCAGUGACGAAUCUGUCAAAGAGUGCAUCAACAACGUUAAGGACCGCCACAUUGAUAUUCUGAUCAACAAUGCAGGUGUGGGUUUGCUUGGACCAGUGGAGAGCAUCAGCAUCGAUGAAAUGAAAAGAGUUUUUGACACCAACUUCUUCGGUGUGGUUCGCAUGAUCAAAGAAGUGAUGCCGGACAUGAAGAAGAGGCGUUCAGGACACAUUGUUGUCAUGAGCAGCGUUAUGGGUCUCCAGGGAGUGGUUUUCAAUGAUGUUUACACAGCCUCUAAGUUUGCAAUGGAAGGUUUCUGUGAGAGUAUGGCUGUGCAGCUGAUGAAGUUCAACAUCCGGUUGUCCAUGAUUGAACCUGGCCCUGUUCACACUGAGUUUGAGACGAAAAUGAUGGAAGACGUAGCUAAGAUGGAUUUUCCUGGAGUCGAUGCAGACACAGUUCGAUAUUUUAAAGAUGUUUACCUUCCAUCAUCCAUAGAUAUAUUUGAAGCCAUGGGCCAGACUCCAGAGGACAUAGCUAAAUGCACAAAGAUGGUUAUUGAGUCGGAGAGGCCUCGCUUUAGGAAUCUGACCAACAGCCUCUACACACCCAUCGUGGCCUUAAAGUACGCAGAUGAGACGGGUGGCCUGUCUGUAAACACCUUCUACAACUUGCUUUUCAAUUUCGGUCCUCUCAUGCACAUCACCAUGAGCAUCCUGAAGUGCCUGACGUGUAGCUGCCUGCGCAGACGCACCAUCUCUCCCAACUGAAUAAUACAGUAUUCAGUUCACCUACCCUAACCCCCCAGUGUCUUAAUUUGAGGUUCUGGGCUAAGCAGGUAAUGUAGAACGUGAAGCUCAAUGCGAGGAGGCUACUUUUAGAUCUAAGACACUACUAUGAUAAGCUUUGACAGACGAUAUGCGCAAUUGCACAAGUUUUCUUCUGAGGAGAUGGCAUAUCCAGGGUGCCCUGAGUGGAGAGACACAUAUCACACAAUACAACAACACUAACAUUGGUUUUAGCAUACAUUUUAUGAAAAAAAUGCCAUACUUAUUCUUUAAAAUAAGAACCUCAGAGGUAAAAUAAACAAAUAAAUAAAAACAGCAUGAGAUAUAAAUCUUAUGGACUAAUAUAAAAGCACAAAACUGAACUCAGUUAAUAUGUGAAACGAUGACAUUAUAUGAAACGCCAGGUUAGAAAUAAAUUGUAGCCAAGAUAACGCUAUGUUAAGACUCAGAGUUAUGGCAUUAAUAACAGAGUCAUAAACAAAUUUGCUUUUAAUGUAUUGUGUCUAUAAUUUUAUGUUUGUUUUAAUGUUGUGUUGCUGUGGUCAUAACUGCUGUUGAAUCCUGUUUUUAAUCUUUUGGCAAAUGGAAUGUUUUUGGUUUUUAAAGAUUCAAAGAGGUCCAAGUUGGAUUUUUUUAUUAUUAUUUUGAUUUAGAUUUUUAAAUAAACAGUGUUCUGACUUACCCCAAAAGUUUUUAUUUUAUUUUUUUUAAGAAUAGAAAUUACAAAUUUCACCACAAUACUAACCAAAAACUAAAAUGUAAACAAGCUGUUGUUUAAUUCAGCCAGCAGGACAGAUCUUUUACCAAGAGAGGGCAGUGUUUUACUGUUUUUCCGGGGUUUUUUCCUGACAGAACUUAAAAACUGUACAUUUUCAUGCAGAAAUGUUUGUGUGUUACGACAUGAAAAUAACUUUUGGUAUUUGAAAUUAAUGCCUUAUUAUAUUUGUGUGCUAUAUGUUUAAAAGCCUUUAUUUACCAGCUCAUUACUGGCACUCAUGGACUCAUUUUUAUUGCAACAUGACUAUAGGUUAUGUCAUGUUUGUCAUUUGAGUUUCUUCUGAAAUAGAUGGGUGUACGCUUUAUGUCAUGUUGCAACCAUUAUUCAUUCUUACUCAUAUUGUAAUUAAUCACUCAUCUCUUAGCAACUCAUUUUUGGUGAUGCAGUCUCAGCAGUGAUACAUACAAACUUUAUUACUGAUUCAUUUGGGAAGACAAAUAUUGAUAGCAGCAGAUGUUAUCAAAAGAAAAAAAUAUAUCUCAGUAGGUAAAGACUAUUGGGAGGAAUUUUCAUUAAGCCACCAGGAGAGGCUAUUCUAGUCUUUGCUCAUGGAUUUUGUUAGAGGGCCUGGUUGUGCACAUGCGCACAUAUUAGCAUGUAUUUGCAUGGAUGAUAAUGUCUGUGUGUGCAUGUGUGUUUGGGAAUGUGCUGCUGGAGCAUGCCUAUGGGGCAAGUUAGUGAUCUGUUGAUGGAUAUAAAGAGGUCAUGGCCUGCCCCCCUACCUCCACCCCACUACCCCAUCAGAAUCCUUCCCUUGAACCCCCAACCCUCUCACUCACACACCCGGCUUUGUGCCGUGUGAGAGAAUGUGACCUGGUUCCCAUCCCCAAGGAGGGGUGAAAACUAAUGACAACCUCAGACACAUUGCACAGCCUCGAGCCUCCCUCUCCUGCUGGCCCCCUUAACCCAUCAUGCCCGGACCUCCUGGUUCUGGUACGGACUCCUGUGGCCCUGCCGUGGCGUGAUCCGUCCAGUUUAGCGUACAUCAACUUAAUAUUCUGUUCUCCAACUGAUGCUGUAGGAAUAUGCCCAACCUAAUCUUACUUACUGAGUCAGAAUGCACAUUGAGCUUAUUGCAAAAUGUUAGUGCAACUGGUGCUGAACCUGUAGUGUCUGAGUAAGCCACAGUGAAUACUGCGCUUCAGUUCUGAGUAUGUGUCUUCAUCAGAGGCGACAGCUCCACACAAUGGAACAAAGACACUGUCAAUCACAAUCAAACGGGUGUGUGUGUGUAUGGGUGUGUGUGCGGGUUGGUGAAGAAGGGGGAUACGGAAUCUGAGAAGGGUGGGGGAGGAGUCCUGAAUGUUCUGAGGGGUGCCAAGAUCCAAAGUGGGACACGGAAGCCUAUUGGCAGGGAGUGGGCACAGAAUUUUGUUUAGUAAGGGGUGGGAUGUUUUGAACUUGGGAAAAUGAGAAUUGGGAUCGCUGGAAAUGAAUAGAAGGCCUAUUUACUAACUGAAUAAAUACAGAAGUUACAGCAAAGUCUCAUUAAACAAGAGAUCUUAUCACCAUUGUUGUGUACCUUUGUUUUACAAUCAGGAAUGUGAUUGCAAUAUAAUGAGGCCGAUAUAAUGUACAAUUGUCAAGCAUUGUAUUUGCCUGCAUCCAUGUUUCCUAAUGAGCAAUUUGCAUUUUAUGGGGAUAAUGUAUUUUCCAAAAAAAAAGGGAGAAAUUUAUGCAAUUGUUUUUUCAAUAUUUUUUGUAAAAUUAAAAGCAUGUAUGGGUUCUUCGGUGCCAGGUCAGAGUAUGGAUAAGUGCCGAAUGCAAAAAAAGACAAAUGGGAAGAGGGGAAAUAUCCCAGAGGAUUGACCAGAGAUAUAGAGUUGGGUGUUAAGUGAAGCUGGUGUCUAGACAAAGGUGCUUCAGACUGAUCCCAGGUCAGAAUGCUCCCAAACGAGACUGCACUUAUCUGUUUCUAUUGACAUUUUCCUUGUUUUCAAAGAUCAGCUUAAAUAACCAGUAACAGUUCGCUGAUGUCAAAGAAAAGACAAAUGAGAACUGAAUAAAAAAAAAAGCUUGGGGUUAAUCAUCAUUUAGCACGGCUGAAUGUGACUACAAAUGUAGCCACAUGGGACAUAUUACCAUCAACAGAGUUGAACCCAGACCUAAAGGGGGCUAUUAAUCUUUUUGCAGUCAACAUGGGGGAAGCUCAGGUUGCUCUUUGACAGCAGACUCCACAAGGAGAAACAAACACAACUUAUUCUCUCCCCGGUUCUCUUUUACUGUCCAUUUCUUUUCCUUUUCAUCCUCAGUCCAUGUGAAGUAACCUCUCACAUGCAGCCUAGGUCACUUGCGAUGCUCAUAUGUUCAUGGAGGUAUCAUUUCUCAUUCUCAGUCUACGUUCUUGUUUGUAAAGUCAUUCAGGAGCUGACUGGAGCACAAAUAAAUCAGAAGUAGUUUGGCUCCCUCUGGCCAGCCAAGCACAUUGUUUUAUGAACACAGAGGUUUUAUUGUCCCAAUCAUUUCACCACCAGUGCUGUUCUCUUUCCCUACUGCGUUUCCAGAACAUAAACAAUCCAACAGGAAUUUCCAGACUGGUACUCGGGUUUGCCCUCUACCGUGUUGUUUUGUUUCGCUCUUUUCACUCUCUCAAAACUACCAGUUUGGUUCAGAGUGAAACUCUGUGAUUAGAGGUUUUAGUCUGUGUAAAUGCUCUGGAGGUCUCAAAGAAGAGUGGUUAGUGGUUCAUUGUCCAAGGAUUUAAAGAUUAUGUAAUCUGAGUUAGGGUAACUUGAUCAUCUCUUUUCUUUUGGAAAAAAAAAGAGGCCACCGAUGAGGUCAGAUGAGUGUAAUAUUCCAUUGGAUGAACACAAAAGCAUGUUGCAAUAUUUCUUAAAGCUUGAAAUUCCUGUUUCUUUGCAAGACAAGGCAAGAUGCCUGAAUCAAAAACAAGAUACAAAAUCUAGAAAACAGAUAAAAGAAAAAUAAAACUAAAUGGUAAUAUACUCAAACAUUCUCUCUUA